CACAAAGCUACAAGACAAAUGCCGAGGCUACCGCCUUCCAUGUUUUUAUUACCCCAUUUUCUUCCCCGUGCUAACAUGCCAUGUUUUCACGCUCUACACGUAACUCCAACUUGUUACUACCAACUACUGCUAGCCAGUGAUUCCAAAUUUCAAGGUGGUCGUGAUGGGACAAUGAAAUGAAUAGGGAAUAGGGAAUAGGGAAUAGGGAAUAGGAUGCUGUGGGGGAGAGGCAGUACGUAGACGACAAAAAGCAUAAAAAAUAAGGGCCGGCCAACCCUGCCGUCACUCAUCUUAUACACUCUGCCCAUACUUCUCGCAACCCAAUCUGUGCUCUGCUCUUCUCAUGUGGCUGGUGCUGCUGCCGCCCGCGGCCAUUAUGGCCGCUUCUGCUGCUCUCUUCUUCUUCAACUCCCUCCUCGGCUCCCUCAACUGGUGGCUCUACGAAUCCCGCCUGCCUCCCUGCCAUCACUCCUCCCUCCCUCCAGGCGACUAUGGCUUCCCCUUCAUUGGCAACAUGUGGUCGUUCCUCAGAGCUUUCAAGUCCUCCGACCCUGAUUCCUUCCUCUCCUCCUUCAUCUCCAGAUACGGACGUACCGGAAUAUACAAGGUUUUGAUGUUUGGGAGUCCGAGUGUGAUAGUGACCACACCGGAAACAUGCAGACGAGUUUUGACGGAUGAUGAGAAAUUCACAGUUGGUUGGCCCCGUUCCACCGUUGAGCUCAUUGGGAAGAAAUCCUUCAUCGGGAUUUCUUACGAAGAACACAGGCGCCUUAGGCGCUUGACUUCUUCUUCCAUCAAUGGCAUGGAAUCUCUGUGCUUGUACUUGACAUACAUUGAAGAACUCGUGAAGACUUCGUUGGAGAAAUGGUCCACCAUGGAACAAAUUGAGUUCUUAACUGAGCUCCGAAAGCUCACUUUUAAAAUUAUCAUGCACAUCUUCCUUAGUUCAGAGAGUGAGCCUGUGAUGGAAGCUCUGGAGAGGGAAUAUACAACGCUUAACUAUGGAGUUAGGGCCAUGGGAAUUAAUCUUCCUGGAUUCGCGUACCACAAGGCACUCAAGGCCAGGAAGAAUCUGGUGGCCACGUUUCAAUCGAUAGUGGACGAGCGAAGAAAGCAGAGGAAGGAGAAUUCAUGCGGAGAAACAAAAGACAUGAUGGAUGCUUUGAUGGAUGUUGAAGAUGAAGGUGGAAGAAAACUGAGUGAUGAGGAAAUAAUCGAUGUGAUGAUGAUGUACCUAAAUGCUGGCCAUGAAUCCUCGGGGCAUAUCACCAUGUGGGCCACCGUAAUGCUCCAGAGGCAUCCAGAGUAUUUACAAGAGGCGAAGGCAGAGCAAGAGGAGAUCAUCAAGAGGAGGCCGCCGACUCAGAAGGGGUUGACCCUCAAGGAGAUUCGGCAGAUGGAUUAUCUUUCAAAGGUAAUUGAUGAAACACUGCGCCUGAUAACAUUCUCAUUGGUGGUAUUUCGAGAGGCUAAAUCAGACGUCAAUAUCAACGGUUACACCGUCCCCAAAGGUUGGAAAAUUCUUGUAUGGUUUAGGACUGUUCACCUCGAUCCUGAGAUAUAUCCCAAUCCCAAGGAAUUCAAUCCCUCUAGAUGGAAUGCCUCGGCACACAAGGCUGGAGAAUUCCUCCCCUUCGGAGCUGGAAGUAGAAUGUGUCCUGGAAAUGAUCUUGCCAAGAUGGAAAUAGCAGUUUUUCUUCAUCAUUUUCUUCUCAAUUACCAGCUUGAACAGGCUAAUCCUAAAUGCCCUGUGAGAUACUUGCCCCACACGAGGCCCACGGACAAUUGUCUGGCAAGAGUCAAGAAACUUUCAUCCACAUCAGGCUGUGAUGCAUGACUUCUCGCAAAAGAGUCCGCAAUCACCAAAUUUCCUAUCAGCCAUGCAUGUUCAUCCUCAUGGGAAAGGGAGGGAAGAAAAAAUAAAAUAUGAAAUUGCGACGUCCUAUAAUAUAUAAUAUAUGAUAUAUAUAUAUAUAUAUACCUAUGUAACAGUGUAGGAUUCCAUCUAGGUAUCUAUCGCAAUUGUAGCAUUGUUGAGUUAUCCCACACAAUGCGCCUUAACAUGUACUGAGAAAUGAGCAGAAGCAACUUGCGUUGCAAUUCCUAUCUCAGGAAAGUGAUUUUACAUUA